UCUGCCUCUCUCUCGCUGUCUCGCUCUCUGCCGCCGGAGCGGCUGCUGCAGCAAACGAGGAGCCGCUGCAAGCGAUGCAGCUGCGUCCUGUGCAUUGGGGUGCAGCAUCUGGUUCCGCCGGAGUAACUCUCCGGCUCCCUCUCGAUUCAUCAGGGCCUCGCGGCCACAUUCUCGCAGCGCUCCCUGCAAGCACUGCUGUUGGUCUGGCGGCCGUGUCCAUGGUCUUGCAGCCGCACAAGCCAGUCAUGCUUCGAAGUGGCUUACGUCUGUUCGUACUCAGCACAGCCAACGAACGCACGCGACGCAUGGGAGCGGAAUUCCGACCACACCAGGAGCCGCCAGGUCGUGUCAGCAUGGGUCUGCGCUGCCCGCCCUUGGUACGCCUUUACAUCGAGGCCACUUCAGCGCUGCGAGCAUCAUCAGCUCAGCUCAGCCACAGGCAUGCAACCGACUCAGGCCUGCGUGGCGUGCCGGAGCGACACUAAUCGAGGGGAUGCCAUGAGCGCUCGCGGAGUGGGACUGCAACGCAGCUUGGCCACCAUUGGAAUGAGCCACCUCUGCUCAAGCGCCAUCAGCGCUCAGACUGC